AUGGCGUCCACGGCCGAGCCCUCGACGCUCAAGGUCUACAGAGCCGCCGAAAUGACCAAAGAUGCACUCCAGGCCAUUACGGCGCGCCCACGGAUCGACUUCGCGGAGAUCUUCGGCAUCGUCGCGCCCAUCGUCGAGCAGGUCAAGCUACGCGGCGACGAGGCAGUGCGCGAGUACACCAACAAGUUCGACAGGGUCGACCUCGAGGACAUCUGCGUUCCUAUCGACUCCAUCCCCGACCCCGUCGGGCUCUCGAAGGAGGCCACAGACGCGUUCGACGUCGCGUACGACAACAUUCGGCGCUUCCACGAGGCCCAGCGCGGCGACGAGAUCGACGUGGAGACCAUGCCGGGCGUGCGCUGCCGCCGCGUGGCCCGCGCGAUCGAGUCCGUCGGCGUUUACGUCCCGGGCGGGACCGCAGUGCUGCCGUCGUCGACGCUCAUGCUUACGGUGCCGGCAGCGAUCGCCGGGUGCAAGACGAUCGUGAUGGCGACGCCGCCGCGGCCGGACGGGUCGAUCACGCCCGAGGUGCUGUACUGCGCGAAGAAGGCCGGCGUCACGCACGUGCUCAAGGCUGGCGGUGCGCAGGCGGUGGCCGCCAUGGCCUGGGGCACCGCGCAGUGCCCCAAGGUCGACAAGAUCGCGGGCCCGGGCAACCAGUUCGUCACCGCCGCGAAGAUGAUCCUCCAGAACUCCGAAGCCAUGGUCUCCAUCGACAUGCCCGCAGGCCCCUCGGAGGUUCUCGUGAUCGCGGACGGCGGGGCGUCGCCGGCGCACGUCGCCGCGGACCUCCUGAGCCAGGCGGAGCACGGCAAGGACUCGCAGGUGGUGCUGGUGACGCUGCCGGGCGCGGACGUGGCGGCGAUCAGCGCGGAGGUCGAGCGGCAGACGGCGAUGCUUCCGCGAGAGGACGUGACCCGCCUGGCGCUGGCCAACUCGUACGUGGUCGAGGCGGCCUCGAAGGACGAGGCGACGGCGUUCAGCAACAUGUACGCGCCCGAGCACCUCAUCGUCAACGUCGAGGACGCGGAGGGCUGGCUCGGCGGCAUCGAGCACGCGGGCUCCGUCUUCCUGGGCCGGUACACCCCCGAGUCGGUGGGGGACUACGCGAGCGGGACGAACCACGUGCUGCCGACGUACGGGUACGCGCGGAUGUACUCCGGGGUGUCGCUGGACACGUUCCAGAAGAAGAUGACGGUGCAGGCGCUGACGAAGGAGGGGCUCGACCUGCUGGGGCCGCACGUGGCGAAGAUGGCGGAGAUCGAGGGGCUGGACGCGCACCGGCGAGCGGUGACGCUGCGGAUGGGCGUGGACAAGGAGUGA